AUGACAGCCAAACUUCACGAGGUUCCAGCCGAGAUCCUGGCUUGCAUUGCAGAUGAGCUAGACAUCGAGGACUAUGGCAACCUGCGUCUUGCCAGCAAACAGAUCCACGAUUACACAUUCCCAUACUUCGCGAAGAAGUUUUUCAGCCGCCGGAAAUUCUUCCGCAGCUACCUGAGCCUCAGCACACUACUAUCCAUCUCCGAAUCGCGCCUGAACCCCUAUCUCGAGACGCUCGUUCUCGGCACAGAGCUACUCGAGUUCGGCGCCCCGAGUGACGCACCAAAUGUCUCCAAUGAGGCGUACGCCCAAGCAUACGCGGACCAGACGAGCAUCAUAGGCUCCGGAUGGGAUCGCGACACACUGAUUAACGCAAUGCGGAACCUCCCCAAUCUCAAGGGCGUGGCGGUCGAGUCCUUUGACGAUCGUGAGGUCUGGGACUUUGACACCAACAGCCCGAACUCGGUCAUCGACGGUGGAUACGGUCUCAAGACACUACUGAGGAAUCUCGGAUACGAGGCGGGCAGGCCGCCUCACCAAUCGUCGCCAGUCUCUCAGUGGGUCAUGGCCGUGCAAACGCUCCUGGGCGCCGUGGCAAAGGCCGGUGCGAAGCCCAAGAGCCUCAGUAUAACAGGGAAAAUCCUCAACAGGUCAUAUAUCAACUCUGAUGAUCUGGGUAUCGACGACGACGCGUUCAACAUCCCAACCUUUAUGCAGCAAACUCUGGUGCCGGUCAUCGAGGGGCUGGAGGAGCUCGAUUUCGACGUAUACAACAGACUGCUCUACCCCUCGCCCGAGGACCCUUCAACUUGCAGGACAUGUCAUCUACGCCGGUUCCUAGGCCUGCCAAAGAACCUGCGGAAGUUGCGGAUCGCGCGGCUCACGGGCGGCAUGACGGCCCUCGAGAACCCGGAGGAAAGGGGCGGGUUCUGGACAUGGCUGGGAUGGAGCCCAAAGGGCAAGGAGAAGGCGGUGUCUGAAGACAGCGAAGGUGACAACGGCGAGACUUAUCAGUGGAAUGUCACCCCCGAAAAUACAACUAACCCGCUGAUCUCGCCGCCGCCGAUCGCCCUGCCCAACCUUCGCGAGCUCCAUCUCGCCAACCAGGACAUCUUGUCCACGAACCUGACCCGCCUGCUGAGGAAGGUGGCGCCCACUCUGGUCAAGUUGGACCUGCACGAGCUCAUCCUGCGCGACCGGGUCGCCGAGGUGGAGGCAGCGGCCGCGGCGGUGGAGCCCGGCGAGGACGACGAGCCCGUCGACGACGUGCGGACCGAGGUCGACCUGUGGAUCGCUCUGUGCACCAAUCUCGCCGCGAUGCCGUGCGAUGAGCUGCGCGAGGUUAACAUCAGCGGCUUUGGCGGCCUAGGUGACUGGCACUUGUCAAAGUUUGGUGGCUCCUUGACAGCACCGGACUCGGUGUUCUUCAGGGUGCUGAAGAUUGUCGGGGAGAAUUGUUACGAUGGGCGCGCAGAGUUUUCUUACAAAGGACCUAAUGCUCGGGAGGCACUGGGGCGGUUGGCGGCGGACUUGCGUGCUGCUGUUAGGGACGGACGGCAUGUGUUUGUUGCUGAGCCCGGGAAGAGGAGAAAUAGUUUCUGA